AUGAUGGAAGAAAAAGCAACGCCACUGCAACCGCCACAAACGCAAGAUGACGAUGAGGAGAAGAAGGAAAUGUAUGCGGUCUGGGCUGUACCGGAAGGUGACGUGGAGGACAGACUUGGGAGGUUAAUGGAAGGGCUAAGGUCGGAGUUCGGUGGUCCACCGUUUGAUCCUCACUUGACCCUCAUCGGACAGCAGAAACUUACGGCCACAGAGGCUAAACGGAUGUUCAAGUCGGCGUGUGAAGAUUUUAAGGCGUAUCCGGCCACCGUUGACCAUGUCUCCACCGGAGCUUCUUACUUUCAGUGUGUCUACGUGUCUCUAAAGCACACCCCAGAGGUAAUGAAUGCUGCUGGACAUUUUAUGGCCCACUUCAAACCUUUCACCGGAACAUUUUACGUGCCACAUAUGAGCAUACUCUACGGCGAUCUAACGGAGGAAGAGAAGAAGAAAGCGUUAGAGAAAGCUUACACACUUGAUUCGAGUCUUGACGGAUUGAGUUUCCGGAUAAAUCGAGUGGCGUUAUGGAUAACCGAUGCAAACGUUGGAUCUUGGGUGAAAAUUGACGAGCAUAACUUAAUUUCUUAA